AUGGGUGAACGCGAGAGAAUCUUGGCAGAUCGAUAUGCAAUGACAAAACGUCUAGGGGACGGCACCUUCGGUGAAGUACUUCUAGCUAGAAAGAUAGAUACAGGUGAUAAAGUAGCAAUAAAAAGAAUGAAAAAGAAAUUCUAUAGUUUUGAAGAGGCGAUGGCUCUACGGGAAGUUAAAUCAUUGAAGAAGUUACAACAUCCGAAUAUUAUCAAAUUGAGGGAGGUCAUUCGAGAAAAUGAUAUUCUAUAUUUCGUAUUUGAAUUUAUGCAAGCCAACCUAUAUGAAUUAAUGAAAGAUCGGGACCGUUUCUUCCCCGAGAGUGUUAUAAGGAAUAUUGUUUAUCAAAUACUGCAAGGCUUAGGGUUUAUGCACAAGAACGGCUUUUUCCAUCGCGACAUGAAACCCGAAAACAUUAUGUGCAAUGGUACUGAGCUUGUCAAAAUUGCUGAUUUCGGCCUGGCUCGUGAGAUACGAUCAAAGCCUCCAUACACUGAUUAUGUCUCUACGAGAUGGUAUCGGGCACCCGAAAUAUUGUUGCGUUCAACCUCAUACAAUAGUCCAAUCGAUAUCUGGGCACUAGGAUGUAUUAUGGCGGAGCUCUACAUGCUUCGUCCAUUAUUUCCGGGCACAAGUGAACUCGAUCAGCUUUUUAAAAUUAUUAAUAUUCUUGGCACACCAGGCAAAGAUGAAUGGCCGGAGGGAUAUAAACUUGCGGCAACAAUGAAUUUUAGAUUUCAUCAAGCACAGGCAACACCCAUGGAACAAAUAGUGAACACUAUAGGAAAAGAUGGAAUGAAGCUCAUGAUGGACAUGAUGUUAUGGAACCCGGAAAAAAGGCCAACAGCUACUCAGUCACUUCGCUAUAAAUAUUUCCAAGUAUCGGAAAAGCUUGGAGCGCCAGUCAUGAGCCAACCAGCACCCGGAGUUACACGAAAGACAAGUGCAGGAAGCACACAAUCGGAUUCAAAAGCAUUCCUCAACAAACAAAAGAAUAAUUUAAAGGAGUACCCUGGAUCAGAAAAUGUCUCGCCGUUAGGAAAGCCAGAAAGAAACAUAAACAGGAACAUACCAUUGAAUAGGAGCAUGUUGUUCGACAAAGCUGAUGAUGCUAAAUCUGAACGUAAACCAGCAGGAGCAGGUGGGAUCCCGUCUGGGGGAUUGGCAGCCGGGCAAGAAAGAAAAGCGGCUAAAGACAUUUAUAUGGCCAAAAGUCGAUAUAUACCGGGAGCUGUACCUAAGGAGGGGGGAAACAACGCAUUGGCUUCCAACUCGGCAAAAAAGGAGGGACGAUCAGCUGUGCAAGCAAGGUUCGAGUAUGCAUACGGGUACGUCCCAAAUUUCGGAGCUAGAACUCUGAAUCAGAACAACAAUACAAAUGUGGUAGCGAAUAGCAAACCUAGUCCCGGCCGAAUAGAUUGGGCAGCCAAGUAUGUCAAGACAAUCUAA